AUGCCAACUAGAUUAAAAUAUGACCCUCUCUAUUCAUAAAGUUUUCAUUAUUCUUUUUUCAUUUGGCAGUGUAAUUUAUUAGAGUUGUUAAUUUAUUUAUUCCAACCUAAGAUAGAAAAAGAAAUUCAUCUUAAAUUUAGAAGCAUAGAUCUUUUUAUGCUUCUCAGCACUAUUUACUAGUAUAAUACAGUGCUUUAUUAAUCAUAUUUGAAAUUUUUGAUGUUUUAUAUUAAUUACUUACUUUAUCUGCAGUUGAAGUUGGAUAAUUCUGAAUUUGAAUAAAACAUAAAACAUUCUUAAAUAAAAAAUUAACAUGUUUCACUUAAUAUUUUCCUAAAUUUUACAGGCAAACAAAUCAUGUUGUUUUUCCAAAGCCCCAAUAUUCUUAUUUAGUUCAAAUGGUAUUUUUUGAGGUUUAUCAUAAAGUCAAUGGUUGCUUAUCAUAAUCACAAAAAGCUAGGUAAUUAUGUAUUUUUUGGAUAUGAGUUAAAGAAAUAAGUGUGUCUAAACCUUAUUUAAUUAUAGCGAAUAAUUAAUGGAACUAUAAUAUUCAAUAGAUAAACAUUGCCUAGUAAAUGA